CUGUUUAUAGCUCGCAGUGCUGUUUCAUGCUUGUCGAAAAGAAGAUAAUGUAUGCUCAGUGCCCGUUAGUGUGAUAUAUGGUCUUUCUGUUUAUAUAGGUUGCUGCAUCGCUUGAUACUUGUCACAAUGAAANUGAACGUAUCGUAUCCUGCAACAGGAUGUCAGAAACUGUUUGAAAUCUCCGAUGAGCAUAAGCUGAGAAUUUUUUAUGAAAAGCGUAUGGGCGCAGAAGUAGAGGCUGAUGCUCUCGGUAACGAAUGGAAAGGAUAUGUCGUUCGUAUCUCCGGCGGCAAUGAUAAACAAGGAUUUCCUAUGAAACAGGGUGUUCUGACCAAUGGGCGCGUACGUUUACUGCUCUCAAAAGGACAUUCAUGCUACAGACCUAGACGUGAUGGUGAGCGCAAACGUAAAUCUGUCCGUGGAUGUAUCGUCGAUUCCAACCUUUCGGUACUCGCUCUCGUCAUUGUCAAAAAAGGAGAAAAGGAUAUCCCGGAUUUAACUGACAAGGAAGUCCCACGCCGUUUAGGACCCAAGAGAGCGAGCAAAAUUCGCAAACUAUUUAAUUUGUCUAAGGAAGAUGAUGUCCGUCGAUUCGUUGUGAAACGUCCAAUUCAAAAAGAGGGCAAACCACAGCGGUCGAAAGCCCCUAAAAUUCAACGUCUUAUUACCCCACUUACACUCCAGAGAAAGAGGCAUAGACUGGCUCUAAAGAAAAGGCGUUGCUUGGCUCGCAAGCAACAAGCAGCGGAGUAUGCGAAGCUGUUAGCACAACGGCAAAAGGAAGCCAAGAAUAGACGUCAAGAAGAACUGAAGCGAAGACGUAGCGCUUCUAUGCGAGAUUCUAAAUCAUCCAAUCAGUCUGCACCUACCAUUCAAAAGUAAAAGACUGCAAUGUUCUAAUACAACAUGAAACAAAUAAAUUGUUUAUAAAUAUGUUGUAUAUAAACCUAUUAAAUAUAAGUUGUAUAUAAGCCUAAUAAAUAUUUAUAUGUUUCUUGUAA